AUGAUAAAUAUAAGCUAGGUUAAUAGCUAAGUAUUCAUAAAGCAAAGAAAACCUCAAUGUUCUUCUCUCAAAAAGCGCUAUAAAGAGAGAGUAAAUCUUAAGAAAUACAGUUUAGGAAAGAGCAUGGAAUGAUAGGAUUAUUAAAUCGGAAUAAAUCUUGCAUUUAAGAACUAAAGAGAGUUUGAAUAAGAAGAGACUGCCAAAACUAUAAAACACUACAGCAAUAAUCGUUUAAAAAUAUAUAAAAAUGCAAAAAAAUCAACAAGAAUCAAUUGAAAUUGUAGAAUGUGAACAAAAAAUAGUUGAAACUAAAUUAGACUAGUUGAGAUAACUUUACAAAGUUUAUUGUAUUCCUAAAAUCCAUUAAGUAUAAUAUUUAAGUUUAUUUAUUUAAGAAUCUAUUUAAUACAAUAUUAGAAGCAUCCUAAAAUAAAAGAGCAGUUGUGGAAGAGGAACUAAAUCUAAUGAAUCAAAAAUUAGCUCCAAUACAGCAUUGUAUGUUUGUAAUUACAGCCAGAGAGAACUGUUUUAAAUAAGCUUUUGCUUUGUUAAAACAAAAUUAAACUCAAAUUGACUUAAUAUUAGAGAAAUUAAAAGACCUUAGAAUGCUUAAUCUAACUACUUUAGAAAGUAUUGUUAAAUGGCAAUAAUAUUUUUAAAAUAAAAAUUUAAGAGCAGAAUUCCAAUUAGAUGACAAUCCUCCUUAUCAUUAGAGAUUUUGUGAUGAUUAUUUAGAAUUGAAACCUUAGCUAAUGAAUUUAUUCAAGGUUUCAGAUUGGCCAGAUCCUUUCUUUAUUUAAUUGUUAGGAAAAGGAUAAUAAAGAUUAUAAAUCAGAAUAAGGAGAGCAGAAGCUGAAUUAUUGAAUUUGAUAGUUAACAAUAUUUAUUUUAAAUGAGAAAAUAAGCAGAAUAUGAACUCUAUAAACGUCUUAAGUUACUUGGUGAAGGAGCGUUUGGGAAAGCUUAUUUAGUAGAAUGCCUUUAAGAUAAGUUAAUUACACCUUAAUUUCUUAGGUCUUUGUGGGUUUCUAAAUACAUGGAUUUAGCAGCAAUGACUAAUUAAGAAAAAGAUGAAACCUUGAGAGAAGCUAAAAUUCUUGAAUUUCUAUCUCAUCCAAAUAUAGUAAAGUUUAGAGAAGUUUAUAAAACAAAAAAAGGAAGAUUGUGUAUUGUUAUGGAAUAUGCAGAUGGUAAUUUUAUCAUUAAUUCAAAGGUGGUGAUUUAUCUUAAAAAAUAAAGGAAGCUAAAGGUAAAUAUCUUCCUGAAGCUCAAAUUUUAGAUUGGUUUACUCAAAUAUGUUUGGCUAUUAAACAUGUACAUGAUAGGAAGAUAAUUCAUAGAGAUUUAAAAGGAUAGAACAUCUUCUUAAAUAAAGAAGGUCAAGUUAAAUUAGGAGAUUUUGGAAUUGCAAGAAUAUUGAAAAUAACUUUAGAAAAAGCUAAGACUAUGGUUGGAACGCCAUAUUAUAUAAGUCCUGAAAUAAUAGAAGGCAAACCUUAUUCAGUUAUGACAGAUAUAUGGUCAUUAGGAGUUAUACUUUAUGAAUUAUGUGCUUUAUAACCUCCAUUCAAUGGUGAUUCAUUGCAUGUUCUCGCUAUAAAUAUUGUUAAAGGACAAUACAAACCAAUUCCUGCAAAUUAUUCUAAAGAUUUAAAAUAACUUGUUUAAUAGAUGUUGUAAGUAGAUUAUCGAAGAAGACCUACAAUUUAAGAAAUAUUAAGUAAAGAUCUAUUCAUUAUUCAUAGAAAUGCCAGUUAUUACGAAUAGAAUUAAAAGUUUUUUAAGUGAAACAAUUCAGAAAUAAGAAUUCUCUCAUACUGUAUUUCAUAAUAAAAUGUUUGAAGUAAAAGGGAACCUAAAUUAAGUUAAUCUGGUAUUGAAUGAAUAACCAUGUCCACCUUAAUUUUUAGAACAAAAUGCUAAAAAUUUAUAAGAAUUUCCAGAAGUUAUUAAAAAACCCUAACUUCAAGAUUGUGAUAUUAUUCGACCUCCUUAAAUAAUCAAAUAAUAAUAAUAACCUUUAUCUCGAUAAUCUGAUCCUUAAAAAGAUGUACCAAAAAUCUAAUAAUAAGAAUAUCAAUACAAAAAGCAAGAUAUACAAAAAUAAAUUGAUGUUCCUAAAAAAAUUGAUCCCAUAAUAAAGAAUUCACCUUUAAUAUAAAAAAAAAACAUCUCGAAAGAUAUUCCUUAAUAGAAAGAAGUCAUAAAGCAAUCACCAAAAUAAUAAUAUCCUAUAAGACCAAAAAGUGAUUAAGAAAAAUAAUAAAGAAGUGAGCCAUGCAGAUUCGAUGUUAAAGUGUAAUAGAAACAUUCAAAUAGCGAAUAAGCUUUGAUACCUGAUUAAAAAAAACAAUAAUUCAUUUCUCCAAAAAAUAAAUAAAAAUUAGAUUAGCCAAGGUUAACUUAUUUUAUAUUUGUUUAGACCUCCAACUGCUCCAAAAGAAUAACCAAAAUUAUAAGUUGCUUAAUAAAGACCUUAAAGUUCAAGGCCUUUAGUUUCAGAUUAGAAAGUAGUUUAGAAAGUGAAUAUUGAAUAGAAAAGACGAAUAAGUGUUGAUAAAGCUCCAGUUAUUCAACCAUAACAAUAAAAAUAAUAACAAUUAGAAUAAUAACGUCAAGAAGAAAAAAAUAGAUAAUUGAAAUUAAAAUAAUAAUAGGAGUAAUAAGAGUAAGAAAAGAAAUAAAAAGAGUAUUAAAUUUAAUAAUAAUUACUUGAAAAAUAAAGAUAAUUAGAGAAGUAAUAAUAUUUAGAUAAAUAAAAAUACUUAUAAUAAUAAGAAUUAGAAAAAUAAAAAGAAAGAGAAGAAAAAUAAAGAAAUAUUGAAAAUUAAUUAAUAUCUAAAAUGGAUAUUAAUAGGAAUGAUUAAUAAAAAUAAAAUUUGUAAAAAUAACCAUAUUAGAAAUCAUCUCUAAUUGAUAACAAAUAAUGUGAAUCCAAGUAAUAGAUUAAAUCAAAAGCUGAUUAAUUAUAAAAGAUUGAAAAGAAUGCCAAAGAUUUUGAUCUUAUGUUUAAAGAAUUGGAAAGUUUGGUAUAAAUUAUUAAUAUAUAAAGAUUAAUAAUGUUCAUAAUGCAAUAGAAAAAUUUCCAAAUUAAGGAGGCAAAGAAAAUUAUUUUGAUUAAAAUUUAAUUUAGACAAUUUUAAUUGAAGAUAGAGAAGAUGAUGAAGCUGAACCAAUAGAUUAAGACUAUAAGAAAAAAAAAUAUAUGGCUAAAUAAAUAUCAAAGUAAGAGGAGUAAUGUUUAGAUAUUUUAAAUAAAUAAGAUUAGAACUUUUUUAGUUUAGAGAUUAAACUUGAAAAUGCUCUUGGAUAAGAAAAAAUGAAUAAAGCAAAAAAUAUUAUAAAAUAGACUGUAAUCUUACUAUUUAUAAAUAUAGUUAGAAAAAAUGGAUGUAGAAAAAAUGGAUGUAGAAAAAAUGGAAUUAUAAUACGGACCUAAUUAUGAACAAUUACUACCUUUUUUAACAUUAGAAGAAAGAAAAAAAUAUACAAAACUUUUAUUUACUUAUAUGUUAUGUGAAUGA